AUGGUACUGUCUACGGCCGAGAUGAAGCCGACUGCCUAUGUUUCUGGGAUCCAGUCUCUAGUAUUUGGAGAUAUGAAGUCGAAGGACUUCAUGGUGCGGAGAGCCUGGGAACCCAUUGAGGAAAUCAAUACACCAUGCCCAGCAGCCAUCGACCCCAGAGACCCAUCUCAACUGCUGGUCUGUGUUGGAAAUGGCCAGCAGGCCAGCUUUUCUGGAGCUUUCCCAGCGGUACCUAUGCUGCAAACCUUCGACCUUGAAUCGUUCCAGAGCAUAUCGAAGGACCCUUUGACGCGGACCAAUGCUGCUGAUGAAACUUACACCUCAAGUGGAAUUCCUAUCAUUGAACCACGGGUAACUCAAAUAGCAUUCUCAGUUGACGGAAAGUGGCUUGCGACUGUCGAUGAAUGGGAGCCUCAGCCGCGAGAUAUUGGCGCCCUUGCUGAUAAUUCCUCUAUCACUAAGGAGGACCUAUGCCGCGAGAGGCGGGAGACCUACCUCAAAUUUUGGGCCAGAGCCGCAGAUGGGAAGUCACUUGAGCUAUCAACAAGGAUCAACGGUCCUCAUUUUACCCAUAUUGCGGAAGAUGUUUUUGCUCUUGCUGCAGAUCCAGUGUCCCCUAGGUUCGCUAGCAUUGGUAAUGAUGGCAUGGUACGGUUGUGGUCGCCAAGAUCUCGGCAGCGCGAUGGCCUGUCCAUGACAGGAAACCGUGGCGAGGUUCUGAGCACCUGGUCGUGCGAGCGAGCCAUAUCUAUUGGCGAGAGUACUAAAGCGCAAGACGAACUGCAGCCGCUCGAUGGUAGAGCUACAUAUGCGCGAAGUGGAGCCGUGACUUUCUCGGAAGAUGGCUCUAUUAUCUUUGUUGCGUAUGGCCAUUACAACGAAGCAGUCGUCUACAUUAUUGACGCUGACUCUGGCGAGAUACGAAGCACUUUGCACGACAUGUUUCAGGGCGCCGUUCGAGACAUGCGGAUACUCGGCUCAUGCCUUAUCAUGUUGUCUGAUGAUCUCACCGUCUACGAUGUGGUUGCAGAUGAAUUACGCUAUGGAGUACACCUCAUGGGUGUUCCCGGGCCUGUCUCCCAGAUGACACACUUGGCGAUUGACGCCAGCUCAAAGAGAUUUGCUGUGGCAAUACCAGCCUUGCACAAGAGCCAGGGAAAGCUGAGGAAAGGAGCAAUGUCGGAAGUAGCCGUCUUCGAUCUAGAGCAUGGUGACCCGGAGUUCUCCAAGAGUUUCCCUCAUCUGAUCACGAGUCUUCUUCCAGCCGCUGGUUCUCCUGGAUUCAUUCUCCUAGACUCGGCAGCUCAGAUCACGUCUUUAGGUGAAGAGACCAACUCUCUGCCCCUGGCACAACCUUUGGCCGACUUGCAUCUCAAUGACGAGUCUACGACUAAGCCGAACGGGAGCACGGAAACAGCACUGAUCGUUGACGGCCUGGAUGGGGAGGGCAGUGACGAUGAAGAGCCUGAUGCUAUGGACAUCGUCGACGACGAUAUUGACGACGAUAUGGACGCAGCUGUCAUCGCACCUCAGCGCCUGACAGAAAUAUUCGACGCAGCUCCAGCAUUUGCUAUGCCGCCUAUCGAGGACUUAUUCUAUCGGGUCGCAGGACUGUUUUCCGCGCCACCUCCUGUUGUAUAG